AUGACGAAAUCUGUAACAAAAUCAAAAAGCACGUCCGAGUCUGCAUUACAUACUGGACUGGUUGGAAAUGGCGAUCAAGUGACUGCAUUGCAAGGUCCAAAUCAGCGAGGAGGCAAUAUGAAGAAAGAGCAAAGGAAAAAGGCUCCAGCAAUGAGUAAAAAAAUUACGAGUCCCUUGGAGAAGCGGGUGACUAUAGAGGAAGUUCAGACAAAACUGAGUUCUCUUCUACCAUCCACUUCUUCCUCUACUUUUUCUCCUCCCACCGUCACUAAACCGCUUUCCUUCAAUGUCGAAAGCGGAGUGAAAAGGGAAGUAUCUCAGGCUCCAAAAUAUAAUUUAGCAAAAAGCGAAGAAAACAUACAGCGCCAACGUAUCGUCAACUCGCCUAAUACCAAACCCAGAAAUUCUCAGCAGAAAAAUGUCGCCUCUCCAGCUAAAUGUGUGAUAGCUUUAAAAUCCCUCCCAAAGAAAGGGAAGGGUAAAGGGAAAGGGAAAGAUCCAGAAGAACACAGUUUACAAAAGACCAUCCCGAGCCCCCACCGACUCAAUGAGAAUAACUUAUCCAUAUUCCACCUCCCCACUACUACUUCCACCCCUCCAUCCACCUCGAGCCCCCCAAAAUCAACAAAACUUCUAUCCAAACCCCCUCCAAAACAUGAACCUCAGUCCAAAAAGCAUCGUGCCCUAACACUCACAACCUCACUUCCACCUUCACUUCCGCCUUCACUUCCACUUCCACUUACAUCUCCAUCCCCAUCCCUCAUUCCCGUUGCCCCCAAACUCCUCAAGCGAUUUUACGAAGCGUUAAUUCUCCUCACCGUCUUUGGUUCUAACCGAGGCUCACGAAUUCUAGAGGAAGAAACCCCAACCGAUAGUUUCGACGAUGAUAUCUUGGAUAUUGAUAUGAAAACCAGCGCUCUUGAUGUGAAUAAGAAGCAAGAAAUGGACGAAAUGAGUCGGACCAAGCUAAGAAGAUCAUUUACGAGACAUCUAGCCUAUUUAUGUGAUUAUGAGAAAGGAGGCGAUAGCACGACUGCAAUUGCAUUGCAGCAGAUGGAUACGGGGAGGAUUAUAUAUCAUGUUGCAUGGAAUAAGUGUUCGCGACCGGAAAGAGGUGUGGAGUUUUUGGAAAAGGUGUUGGGACUUUUAGGAUGUGCUGGAUAUGAUGGGGUCAAGGAUUUUGAGAAAGAUAAGGAGGAUAUUGAAGGUAAAAUAUUUGAGUUAUCGGUAAAGUAUGCCGAGAAGAGAAUUUCUUCCUAUGCAUUUUUCUUGGCUCGGGAUAUUAGGUUUGUGUUGGGAGAAUGGAAGACAGUUAGAGAGGAUGAUCAGGAUGAAGAAUCCUCGACUCGUCUUCACACGUGGCUUCAAGGGCUUCUCACCCUUACCGAGCAUCCAUCUCAACUCUGUCGUUUCUGCCACAAAACAUCUGCAGCAGCGCCGCAAGAAUUCACACACCUCCAACUACUCAUUCAAUCCGGCUCUCCAUUCGCCACUCGAUUUACCCAAAUCCGCCACACCAUUGGCCGUCUAAACCACACCCCAAAGGCCAUCCAGAUCCUCCUAUCCACCCGCAACCUACUCCCUCAACUCUUUACCCAACUCGCCAUUUCCCACCUCCCUUCCUCUUCAUCCUCCCCCCCUCCGCUCCAAGCCCGCAAUCCUACCCUCUCCGCCCUCAUCGGACGAACCAUGAGCGACCCCCUCGCCAUCACCUCCUACCGCGCCGCCCUCGCAGAAAUGGACCACAAAUACCAACUCUCCACCCAUCUCUCCUCCCACUGCACAAACCCCAACUGGCGACCGAAAAUCCAUGCCGAGGCCGGGGGGUGGAAACCGGAUUCUUGGACGGAGAUUUCGGAGGUGAGGGGGAGAGAGACGGGGGGUGGGAGAUCUUUUGUUGGGGAUGAGAUGCGUGGAGUGGGAGGUGAUGGUGUUGAAGAUGAGGAUUGUGAGUCUGCAGUAGGUGAUGAGGAGGAGUAUUGUGAUUCUGCAGUAGGGGAAUAUAAUGAUGAAGAGGAAGAGGAAGAGGAAGAAGAAGAAGAAGGCGACGAACGAAUAAUCAAAACCCACCAUGCCAGAAAUGAAUCCUCUGAUCUAUCUCAAGCGAAUAGGGAGAAUGAGGCCACUUCACAUCAGCAAAAUCAAAGUCAAGAUACGCCCGAAGCGAAUUAUCCUUAUGACGACACUUCCGAAGAAGAAGAGGGAGGUGUGUAUCUGUAA